GAUAAAAGCGUCUGCUAAAUGAAUAAAUGUGAAUGUAAUGUAAAUAUCAUAAUGUAAAGUGUGGCUGAAGUGAUGCUUCCUCAGCGCCCCCUGCUGGAGGCUCUACUGCAGUACGGCUGUGUGUUGCGCGCCUGCGCAGUAAGUCAUCAUGAGUUGUUGUGGGCGGGGUUUGUGUGAGCGGCUGCGAGCCGCCUCAGAUCCGCUGUGGGUGUAGAUGGGUGUGAGACUCCGACACCACGCAAACCGCUCAAAAUAAACCCGGUGGAGACGUUAAAGCACAUAUACGGCUGUCUCUCCGCCGGGAGAGGAGGAGCAGCGGGAGGUUUGGCUUCCUGGAGAGCUUCUCUGAGCGGAGGAAUCGAGCCGGGCCAUGGCGCGGGACUAUGAUUACCUCUUCAAGCUGCUCAUCAUCGGCGACAGCGGUGUUGGCAAAAGCAGUUUACUGCUGAGAUUUGCUGAUAACACAUUUUCAGGCAGCUACAUCACUACGAUCGGUGUGGACUUCAAGAUUCGCACGGUGGAGAUCAACGGGGAGAAGGUGAAGCUGCAGAUCUGGGACACAGCGGGACAGGAGAGGUUCAGGACCAUCACCUCCACGUACUAUAGAGGCACUCACGGCGUUAUCGUGGUUUAUGACGUCUCCAGCGCCGAGUCGUUCGUCAACGUCAAACGCUGGCUUCAUGAAAUCAAUCAGAACUGUGACGACGUCUGUCGGAUUUUAGUGGGUAAUAAGAAUGACGAUCCCGCCUCUAAAGUGGUGGAGACCAAUGACGCGCAGAAGUUUGCUGAACAGAUGGGCAUCCGACUGUUUGAGACCAGCGCCAAAGAGAACAUCAACGUCGAGGACAUGUUCAACUGCAUCACUGAGCUCGUCCUGAAGACACGCAAAGAGUCUGUGGCCAAACAGCAGCAGCAGAGCGAAGUCGUCAAACUGAGCAAGAGCAGCAAACGCAAGAAGAAAUGCUGCUAGUGGAC